AUGUCUCGUUUUUUGGUGUUAUUUCUCCUUGCUGUGAUAUCAAGUGGUUCAGAGGGAUAUUUUCGUCGAGUCUGUGAAAGUCAAUCGAUGGCAAUAAACUGCCACUCGAAGGUCAUCAACAUCGUAAGCGCUACUUACGGACGCACCCGGAGAGGAAUUUGUGGAUUUAGAAAUAAUAGAAACACCAAUUGUCAUGCUGGAACAUCCAUGAUGGUCGCUAAAUAUGAGUGCCAAGGACAGUCAAGGUGCAUAUUGCAUGCUAAACCCUCGGCCUUUGGAAUAGACCCGUGCUAUGGCACUUUGAAAUAUCUGGAGGUGAGGUAUGAGUGCGUACCAAAAUCACAAAUAUGCUUCCAAGACUCAGUUUUGCUGCGAAUUUGUGAGGCCCGCUCGCAAAUAAUCAGUUGUCCUUCAAAUAAACCGAAGAUCAACAUCGUAUCAGCAAACUAUGGCCGUUUAACUGGUGGCCACAUCUGUGGAGGACCGGUACGAACCACGAACUGCGGAGCUGCGGGAUCGCUCGACAAAGUGAAAAGAUCCUGCCAGGGGAAACGCAGCUGCCGUUUGACAGCAUCAAAUGGGAUCUAUGGGGAUCCUUGUGUUGGUACAUUAAAGUACCUAGAGGUCAGAUACAGAUGCGAGCGGUGAUCUCAUCAGGUCCACGGUGUUCAGAGGCUGAAAGUUACUAAAAACACAAAUGAUCCAAUGUAG